AUGUCGGCCCCGACGUCUCCCAAAUCCUCGUUCGAGUCUGACCGACGCCCCCAACCUCGUGCUCAGAGCCCCGCACUUCCUGCAGGGUCCAGCCCGACGCACAACUCCUCCUCGGACGACAGACCCCGAAACCGCAGUCCGCGCCGGCGAUCCAUUCAAUUCAAUGUGGAGUUUGCUCAGGCCCAAUUACCUACCCGCUCGCACAGCUUCAAGGACAAGCGGCGAUCCUAUGGUGAUCCGCUGUCCAGGGAAGUAGACGAGAAGGACCAUCGGCCUGCCCUGACACCUCGCGGGCCAUCGCCACCGCCGCCAAAGACCUACGAACGCGGUGUCUCGUUUGAUACCUUCGACAACCGUGACGCGGCGGAUUUCUCUCUCACCCUCAACUAUAAACACAAAGGCUACCAGAGCACACGUCGCAGCAGGACUUUUCUGUGCGGAACCGAUCAGAAUGAUUACUCUGAGUUUGCCCUCGAGUGGCUGAUCGAUGAACUCGUGGACGAUGGCGACGAGAUUGUCUGUCUUCGAGCUGUGGAGAAGGACUCGCGCAUGGCCAGCGAUGCUGCUAUUGAAGAAGGAAAGUAUCGCAAGGAGGCCGAAAGAUUGUUUGAGCAGGUGAUACAAAAGAACAGCCAAGAUGAGAAGGCUAUCAGCUUGGUGCUUGAACUCGCCGUGGGCAAAGUCGAGAAUAUUAUCCAGCGCAUGAUCCGUAUAUACGAACCCGCAAUGCUUGUUGUGGGCACGCGUGGCCGCAACCUUAAGGGCGUACACAGCCUCCUACCCGGCUCAGUCUCCAAGUAUUGUCUCCAGCAAUCGCCGAUCCCCGUUAUUGUCGUCCGGCCGACCCUCAAACGCGAGAAGAAGAAGAAAAAACGCCGCGCAGACCCUACGCGGCGGAGCUACAACCAUAUUCUUGAAAUGAGCGAGCAGCGCGGCAGCCGCAUCUUUGACGCCAGCUCCAGUACCGAGAGCAGUAUCUCGCGGCUCCCCGACGAGGAAGCAGCUGUUGCUGAGGCCCUGGGCCUUCCCCCUCAUACUCAAAUGCCAACUCGCGCAAGUAGCCUCAGCCAUGACGACUCCGACUCCACCUUCCCGGCUCGGCAUCCACAUGACACGGUCCUCAUGAAGAGUCCGACGGGAAGCAGUCCCGCUAGCUCCCAGGAGAGCGUUGUCGUCAGUGAUGAUACCCGCAGGCCGCCGUCCCCAGCGAUCCCUGUCCACAUGUCGCCCCCCGUUGACCAGGAUUCGUCUGAUGAGGGCCAGCCAUCUAACCAGGAGGCUGAUCAACAGGAGUCGACCAAAGAGGAAUCCGACACAGCGCAGCAACGAGCAUCGAUUCCUUUGAUCGAAGUUUCUAACGACAAUGACGACAAGGGGAAGACAGAAGAACCACAGCCGUGA